UCUGCUGGAUACCAGAGAGAGGAGAGAGUGAGAGAGGCGAGCCUUUAAACCUCUGCGGUGCAGAGCUGGAAAAGCUCCUUCUCAGCGAGAAAAAAAAGGAAGAGAGAGCGAGAACAGACGUCUUGUUUACUUUUGCGUCUUCUUUUUUGUGCCUUUUAUUUUCCUGGAGAAAAAAAAAGGGAGACUUAUCAGUAAGAAGUUGCAACGUGGACUGGUCUCAGCGAGCAAACGGGGUCAUUCUUCUGCUCUGCUGGUUUGUUUGUGACUAUUCUUCUGCUGGAAGGACCGACGUUUGACUGUUCCUGCACGGCGCGCGCUGCUCUGCCUCCUGCCUGCCACAUUAUUCCAGCAGAAGUAGGCUACAUGACGCAAACACUGAGCUGAGCUGAAAGUUUGCCUCCACAACUUUUUCUCCCCCUUCACCCCCCUCCCUCCCACCACACUGUUUCAUGCUACAGCAAGUCAGCGCAGAGCGGUGGAGGAGCCAAAACAACUAUUGCAUGAAACAAGGAAGGAGGGAAGAGACUCUCAUUAAGAAGUCCGUGUUUGCGACGCACGCCGGCACCUUUGCGUCUUUGCAGACCAGUCGCCCCAGCAUGAGUGCGGAGCUGAGCAUGGGCCCGGAGCUGCCCAGCAGCCCCCUGGCUCUGGAAUACGUCAACGACUUUGACCUGAUGAAGUUUGACGUGAAGAAGGAGGGCCUGGCCGGCUUUGAUCGCGGCGGGGUGCGCCAGUGUAACCGUCUCCAGCCGCAGGGCUCCGUGUCCUCCACCCCCAUCAGCACGCCCUGCAGCUCCGUGCCCUCCUCGCCCAGCUUCAGCCCCACAGAGCAGAAGCACCACCUCGAGGAGCUGUACUGGAUGCCGAACAGCGGCUACCACCAGCAGAUCGACCCGCAGACGCUGAACCUGACCCCCGAGGACGCGGUGGAGGCCCUGAUCGGAGCCACGGCGCACGGGCACCCUCAGCCUCCGCACGUGCAGCAGCAGCUGCAGCAGCAGCAGCAGGGCGCCUUCGAGGGCUACAGGGGCCCGCACCACCACCACAGCCACCACGGCCACAGCCAGCAGCACCAUCACCCGUACGCGGGGGGCAUCCCGCAUCACGCCGAGGAGCUGUCCGGGCAUCCGGGCGCGCACAGCCACCCGCACAGCCAGCACCACCAUCACCACAGCCAGGACCCCGACAGCCCGUCGCCCGUCUCCCCUGAGUCCCACCAACCGCUCCAUCACCACCGCCACCACCAUCACCACCACCCGCACGGCCACCUGAGCCAGACGGCGGCGCACCUGGGCGCGGGGGGCGGCGGGCUCAGCGUGGAGGACCGCUUCUCCGACGAGCAGCUGGUGUCCAUGUCGGUGCGGGAGCUCAACAGACACCUGCGGGGCUUCACCAAGGACGAGGUCAUCCGCCUCAAGCAGAAGAGGAGGACCCUGAAGAACCGGGGCUACGCGCAGUCCUGCAGGUUCAAGCGCGUGCAGCAGAAGCACGUGCUGGAGAACGAGAAGACGCAGCUGAUGAACCAGGUGGAGCAGCUGAAGGCGGAGAUCAGCCGGCUGGCGCGGGAGAGGGACGCCUACAAACUCAAGUGCGAGAAGCUCACGGGCACGGGCUCCGGCGGCUUCCGCGAGGCGGGUUCGACCAGCGACAACCCGUCGUCCCCGGAGUUCUUCAUGUGAGUCAACCAGCUGCCCCCUGAACCCUUCCUCUCUCCACAAACCACCGAUG